CUCCCUCGCCCCGUUCCUCCAGUUCGUCUCCCCUUCCCCCUGCCCUCCCUUAGCGCAGGCACGCGCGCAGCUUGGCGCGGCGGCCGACGGCCGACGGCCAGCGCAAGGAAGGAGCAAGGCCGGAAGGGCAGGAGGUGGUGGAACUUCUUUCUUGGAUCUGUUAAAGCAAUGGGAUUGUCAAGUAACUGUGCUAAGACAAUCAAGGUCCAGCAGUGUGUGAAAUUGCCUGAUUCCAACUAUCUUCACAUCGACGAUGAGCUCGCUGGGUGCUUUGGUACCGAAGAUCAUGGUGAUGGGCGGACGGCCCUCGUUCUCAGCCCGUUCGGCAAGAAUGUCUGGCCUGUCAAGGUCGACCGAGACGCCAAAGGGGCAUUCCUGGGUGAUGGGUGGCCACAGUUUGUUGCCGCGCACGGUAUUGGCGUUGGCUGGUACUUGGUGAUCCGGCAUGAAGGGUGCGGCGUGCUCACUCUAAAGGCGUUCAACUCCAGCUUUGUCAUUAAAGAGUUCGGCCUAACAAUCACUGUUUUGAGCCCAGCCGAGAUUGAGAACGCCUUUGCUCGUAAGCCACAGUUCAUCGUGCCACUUCAGAGAAGUUUCAUGGAAAAGAUGCCUAUUCCUCCCGAGUUUCUGCAACGAGGAUACAUCUCGGAAGAAGACCUGAACAGACCGAGACCGAUAGCCACUUUUUUAACAUCCUGGCAUAUCGAGCUCAAGAAGGAUGGCCCGAAUGUCUUCUUCACUGGUUCCGAAUGGCCAAAGUUUCUGGCCUACUUUGAAAUUGCUGAAACCGAUGUCCUGCUGAUCAAGUAUCAGGGGUGCAUGAACUUCUCAUUCGAGACCUUCCCAAAUGGGAAUAAUGAGCACACCGAGGAAAAAAUAAGCUCGUCUCAGCAAAGCGAGCAAUCACCUGCAGCACAAUGCCAAGAGGAAGAACAUGUUUCCACUCGGAGAAGGACACAAAGCAGUGGCAUAACACCUGGAGCACAAAGCCAAGAGGAAGAACAUGUUUCCACUCGGACAAGGAAACAAAACAAUGGCAAAACACCUGGAGCACAAAGCCAAGAGGAAGAACAUGUUUGCAGCCGGAAAAGGAAACAAAGCGAAGUCAAAAGCAUGCUAGACGGACCCACAACUUCACAACACCGAAAGAAGGCUCUCUGUGAGCUUGGGUCGACGGGAUCACAGGCUUGGUUAAGGAAGGAGAUCAACGGACUCGCGCUUAAAAGAUAUCUUCAUUUUCCAGCACGCUUCGGAUUCCUGGAGCGUUGCAAGAUCACGCUCAAGUCCGUGGAGAGGAACAAGUCUUGGGAGGUGGAAGGUGUCAACUACCAUCCAGGCACCAACAGGUCUUAUAAUUGUCUUACGAGAGGCUGGAAGGCCUUCUGUAAGGAGAACGAGCUCAAGGCAGGAGACAUCUGCACCUUCAAAGUCAUCAAGAGCACGCUGUGGCAUGUUGUCAUCGACCGCUGCUAGAAAUACGGUUCAUAGAUGAUCUUGGCUGAUGGCGGACCUGCUGGUUUUGCGAACCUAAGUAGUAUCAUGAUGAAUAUUGUGGUGAAAUGAUAAUCAACCUGCUAGGAGUUUGUGUUCCAUGAUAUUUACUUGGUUCGUAACCUGCUAGUGCUAGGUGUUUUCGUUCAUGACUUGUGAUUAGGUGGCUGGCUCUUGUGAAGGCAUGAUAUUUAACCUGCUAGGUGUUGGUUUUAUCGCUGUAAUGCAGCAGUGCACUAUAUUUAUUGUUC